AUGGAUAUACAAUUUAUUGGUGACAAUACAAGGUUGCUUACGUAUUAUGUUACUAAGUAUGUGAAUAAAGCAGCGAAAUGUGAAUUAUCUGAUACUGUUCUUAAUAGCACAAAUAAUAAGAACAAAUCAUUGGCGAGCUAUCUUUGGAAUAUUGCUUUGCGACUCAUUAAUAACAGAGAAUGUGGAGCUCUUGAAGCAGCUGAUACAUUGUUAGGUAUUCCUCUACAUGGAACUGAUAGAAACACAACUAUUAAGUGGUUAGAUGUUAGUCAGAUACGAUAUAGAAAAGUCAAAAGUUAUAAAGAAAUUCAAGUUCUUGAUGGAGAUUCUACUGACAUAUUUUGUCCAUCUGUAAUAGAUAGUCAUUAUCCAAAUAGACCGGAAGAAUUUGAAACGAUGUCUUUAUAUGAAUUUGUACAGUGGCAUGACGUAACGAAAAUCAAACCAACCAGUAAAAAAAUUGUAUAUUAUAAAAUGAGUAACGGUUAUUAUUUGAAACGGCGACAACGUGAAUGUCUUAUCAAUUACUAUAGAUAUGAUGUCAAUACGCAACCGGAAAAUUAUUUCUUUUCAUUACUUCUUAUGUUUAAAUCAUGGCGGAAAAUACAAGAUCUUAAAAAUGGAUAUGAUACUUAUGCAGAAUUAUUUCGCAAUGACGAAUUAUAUCUUGAAAAAGCAUUGGAGUAUCAUGAAGAAUCAGAGGAAUUGAAAAAUGCAUUGGAAACUGCGAAGCAAUUACUUCAACAAUAUCUCGAUGACUUAGAAAAACAGAAUACGUCUCAAGAUGAUCCUGAUAAUCCAGUAGGUGUACAAAAUAUUCAAGCUGGUGAUGCGAUGCAAGAUUUUAAGGAUCUUGGUGACAAACAGGAAAUUGAUAUAUCCGAAAUGAUUUCAAAAUUGAAUGCGGAUCAAAGAAGAGUAUUUGAUAGAGUCACUAAUACCAUAACGUCAGGUAAAUCACUACUACGAUUGUACGUUAGUGGAGAAGGAGGUACUGGCAAAAGUUUUUUAAUAAAAACAAUCAAAUGUUGGUUAAAACAAAAUCUCAAGAAGAAUACUGCUGUAGCAGCACCUACUGGUAUAGCAGCGUUUAAUAUAGACGGUUUGACAGUUCACAGAUUAUUGCAAUUACCUGUUGAGCAUGGCCAUACUCCUAAGUAUAAGCAAUUAGCUAACCACGUUUUGAAAGUUUUACGAGCAGAUCUUAAAGAUGUUAGUCUUAUUAUAAUUGAUGAAGUGUCAAUGAUAUCUAAUUUAAUUCUUAUGUAUAUACACUUACGACUAUCUGAAAUAUACGAUACUACUGAUUGUGAUGAUGGUUGGUUCGGUCAAAAGCACAUUCUUUUAUUUGGAAAUCUGUUUCAGUUACCUCCUGUACAUGAAGAUCCUUCCUUUAUACAAUUAACAGCUGAGAACAUUCGUAAAUAACUUGCUUCUUUAAGUGUUACUAAUCUGUGGACUACUUUGUUUGAUUAUAAUGAACUGACAAUCAAUAUGCGCCAGUAAGGAGACGGAUCUUAUCGUGAGUUACUUUCCAGGAUUCGUGUUGGUUUAUUAACACCAUCUGAUUAUGAUACUCUUGAAAAAAGAAAAAUAUCUUUCAAAGGUGAAUCUUUUGAAACAAGAUUAAAUGAAUUAUGUGAUUUUAUUAAUAAUUUACCAUCUGAUACAGUUUGUUUAUUACCUACUUGUCACAUGUGUAACGAAUUAAAUGCUGCAAUGUUAAGUCGUAUUACUUCAAAAGAAAUACUUUUAAUUGCUUAAGAUACGAUUGAUUGUAUUUCAUAUAUGAAAAAAAAAGUAACAAAGGUAUUGUCAAAUAUUGAUGAUGAUGAUACUAGAACAGCUGGACUUUCAAAACGAAUUACGAUUAAAAUUGGAGCGAAAGUUAUGAUAAGACGUAAUAUUGAUGCUAGUUUGGGUCUUGUAAAUGGUACAAUUGCUACAGUUAUACGAGGGUCACUAUUUAUAUUUUGA